UCCCCGUCUCGUCGAAUUUCACACACGAUUCCAAUGUUUAUCAGCUGAUUGCACGUCGCACUCAAGUUUUUUUGCCUCCGCCGCCGGCCGUUUUGUGUUGCGAGUGUUGCGCCCAAGUCUGUCCUCGUCGUCCAGCUGCAUCGCAUCCGUAAAACCGCACACGUGUAUUUUAAUUUAGUUUAUUCUUAGUUUUAUACAUUUUAUUGCAACGUGUACGGUGAAAGAUGGAAAGUUCACUCACAGGCGCAGAGCUGUCCGAUAGCAUAGUCAAGAUUGAUAAGGUGGAUUCAACGCCAGGCUCAGAUAAAUCCGACUUCUUUGAAGAAUUAGACAUUGAUUCAUCCACAGAUUCAAAUGGCAAGCAUGAAGUUGAAACUGAAGGUGAACUUGACCAACCGGCUUCGACAUCCGCCAUUGAUGACUUUGAUAAUGCUCUGCCAGAGACUGUUCUUCUUUUAAAACAUCCAGAAACCGGCGCAAAGGUCUAUGUUGUGGGUACAGCACAUUUUAGCCAGGAAUCCAAGGAAGAUGUAGCGAAAGUUAUUCAAACUGUGCAGCCGCACGUUGUGAUAUUAGAACUGUGCGAUGCACGCAUUGGUAUCAUCGCCCUCGAUGAGGAAACUCUGCUCAGGGAAGCCGCGAAUGUCAGCUUUGAAUCUAUCAUGAGCACAAUCAAGAAGAACGGCGUAUACUACGGCAUUACAUACGUGCUUCUACUUAAUGUCUAUGCACAUUUUACUAAGGAGAUUGGGAUGGCACCAGGGGGAGAAUUUCGCGUUGCUUUCAAAGAAGCACGAGCUAUUCCUGGAUGUGUUAUUAAACUGGGAGAUAGGCCGAUUAAAACGACUAUUCUUCGCGCAUUAGCGAAUUUAUCAUGGUGGCAGACUUGCAAGCUAGCCUGUCAUCUUUUAUUUGAUAAAGAACCAAUCAGUAAAGAAGACGUGGAGAAAUGCAAACGCCGUGACAUGUUGGAACAAAUGCUCUCAGAAAUGUCCGGAGAGUUCCCAACCAUCGCUAAAGUCUUCGUUGAUGAACGUGACAUUGUUCUCACCUAUGCUAUACAACAAGCAUGUAAAUCACCACAUGCACCGCCUAGAGGUGAUGAACCAAUGAGAAUCGUAUCAGUUGUCGGCCUGGGUCAUGCCCUGGGCAUCGCCCGCCUCUUCCCCGUUGAUCAAUCAGCAAAUGUUGCUCAGGUUCUGGUGGUACCACCCCAGACGCUCACAUCGAAGGUGAUUAAAAUCGCGUUUAAACUCUCGCUCCUUUCGUUCGGCGGUUUUCUCCUCUAUAGAUACCUGCCGGUGCCAAAUGCCGUCCGCUCAACUGCUCAUCAUGCGUUCGCUAAAAUCGUCGACAACAUUAAAGCUCGAUGAGAAUCUAAAACAUAAUCAAACGGGGCAGCCACAAUCGUACUACUACUGCAUACUAUAUAUCACUAUUUAGUGCCUAUUGGAUUGAAAAUUUCGACGCGAACUUCCUAGUCGUGGCUGUGUUAACAAAAAAAAAGACGGUGGAAUUUAGGUUUUAAUUCUCAGACGAGCACUGCUGUUUUUUCUUCUUUCUUUCUUAUUUUGCGUUUAUCGUUACGACAUUCCACAAAUAAAAACAAAAAUAUUCAUGUUUA